AUGGCUAAUCUUGCUCCUUCGAGAUUCUCAGUCCAAGUCAGUGUUACUCUAAUGCAGGCUGCAGAUCCAAMAAUAAACAAACAGAUAAAGAACACAAAGAUGGAUUGCCAAGUCAUAGAGAAGGUCUCCUCGGCGCCGGCGGCACCUCCAUUUACUGGGCUACCGACAACUAGCUAUGACCAGAAAGAGAAGGUUCUGAAUAAAGAUGGAUCACCGGUGAGGGGAUACAGCCUUGUUACUACUUGCACCAGAAACAUGUGGGAUCGCCUCUUCCAUGAAGGCUAUAGAGCUGAUGUGCGUAUUAGUACAGAUGAUGGUGGUGAUAUUUGUGCACAUGCCGACGUUCUCGGUAUGGCUUCUCCUGUGCUGAGGAACAUAUUAAGGCAUACCAAAGGCCGUGGUCGUCAGCGAUCAAUUUCCAUUCAUGGUGUCCCCCACAAAGCAGUACAAGUGUUCAUUCGAUUCCUGUACUCAUCCUGUUACGAGGAAGAAGAAAUGAAUGAAUUUGUACUGCAUUUGUUGGUGCUGUCACACGCAUAUGUGGUUCCCCAAUUGAAGCGAGCAUGUGAGCUGCAACUAGAGAGGAGUUUACUCGCUACAGAGAACGUAGUAGAUGUGUUCCAGCUUGCACUAUUAUGUGACGCUCCUCGUCUCAGUAUCGCGUGUCAUCGUAUGAUCUUGAAGAACUUCAAGGCUGUUAUUUACACCGAAGGAUGGAAGGCAAUGAAGCAAAGUCAUCCAAAUCUAGAAAGGGAAAUUAUAGAAUCAGUGGUUGAAGCUGCUUCGAGAAAGCAAGAAAGGAUGAAAAAGGUUGAAGAGGAGAAGAUCUAUUUACAACUAUACGAGGCAAUGGAAGCCCUUGUUCACAUAUGCAGAGAUGGAUGUAGAACAAUUGGGCCCCAUGACAAAGUUCUCAAGGGGGACCAGCCACCCUGUACGUUUUCAGCAUGCAAGGGGCUUGAGUUGCUCGUCCGUCACUUUGCUGCUUGCAAGUUGAGAGUUCCAGGGGGUUGCAUCCAUUGCAAGAGAAUGUGGCAGCUCCUCGAACUUCACUCCCGCCUCUGUGCCAACUCCGAUGAGUGCAGGGUUCCCUUGUGCAGGAACUUCAAGGAGAGAUUGCAGACACACAGCAAGAAAGAUGAAAUUAAGUGGAAAAUUUUAGUGAGGAAAAUUCUAACUACAAAGAGAUUCGGUGGAGGCCAAUUCUUUUCACUCGAAUAUGCUGUCUCUACCUGA